UUCCCAAAGCCAAUAAUAACAACCACAACGACAACAGCAGCAAAAAAGGUUCUAAAGAUGCGACGGUAGCUGAUAUCUGACAUGAAAAAAAACAUACAAGUUUAAAAAAAAAGCAAACCGCAAAAUACAAUUAACAAGAAAAGAAACAUACCAAAAUAAAAUAAAAGACAAACAGUCGGUAUAAGAAAAAAAAAUAAAUAAAGAGAAAUCAGAAAAAAACCAACUGCUAAGAUUCUCUGGACAUGGCUGACAUGCAGUUAAAUUAGUUUUUAAGAUUGACAUAAAGCCCUUGUUGUAUUUGUAGAACAACAAAUACAAACUCCAAAUUUACAGGGCUUUGAGCAAAAAAAAAAUAAAUAAAAAUCUCACACAUAAACACAGUCAAUAUAUAACAAAUAAAAUAACGAUAUCGAAUACUCUUUAUUAUUUUUUUUUUGUUUGGUGUUCAACGAAUUCUUCUCAAAUAACCCCCACGGUAAAAAAAGAAGAAGAAUUUAAUCCUUUUUGAAAAUUGAAUCCAAAAAUUAAAGUUGAGAGAGAGUACAACCAAAACCAACCAAACACGAGCAAAGUGAACGAACAGCGGUCAACCAACCAGCCAGCCAGCCAACCAUUGAAACCAACAAAUAAACAGCAUGACAUUUAAAAUUUUUCGACGUGGUUCUGCACGUUGUAUUGGUUUACUAUCGGCUUUUAUAACAAUUCUGCUAUGCCUCUACUAUAUCUCUAUGGGUCAACCAUCUAUACAGCCCAAAGAUCCCCUACAGGCCAGUUUAUUAACAGGACAGCAACAGCAGCAGGCCACUUUAAUAGCAUCAGCGAAUGGUGGCAGUGGCUCAGUGCAGCUGCAGCAACAACAACAACAUUAUAAUAAAAAUUAUGCAUCAGCUCAUAAAAUGAAAUACAACGACAAUGAAGAUAAUACAGCUUCAGCCUCAUACAGACAACAACAGCAGCCACAUAAAUUGAUAGCCAAAGCUGCAUUAUAUAGCAAUGACCCAGCUUUACAGACUGGCACCAUAACAGCUGGCAAUGGAGGGGGACUAGCAGGUGAUGGUGUUGGCAGUGGUAGCACAAGUGGCAGUGGCAGCAGUACUACUUAUGCCUCUGGCAUGUAUGUCAAUAAUCCUCAAUGGGGCGAUAAAUGUUACAUUCUAGAUGAGAGUGAUACGAAUAUUACAGCCCAAGAGGAAUAUGCUAAAUUUGAUUUUCAGCCGGAAUGGAUACGUACCAAGGAGUAUUGGGAUAGAGGUUUCGAAGAACGUUUUGAAGCGCAGAAAAAAGAUAAGCAACGACCACCAUUAAAGGUCAUUGUAGUGCCACAUUCCCACAACGAUCCCGGUUGGUUGAAAACUUUCGUCAAUUAUUUCCAAAGCGAUUCGAGGCAAAUUUUAAAUUUAAUGGUCACCAAAAUGCAAGAAUAUACCGAUAUGACCUUUAUAUGGUCUGAAAUAAGUUUCUUACAAUUGUGGUGGGAUCAAGCCCACCCCACCAAACAACGGGCCUUGAAAAGACUUAUCGAUUCGGGUAGAUUAGAAAUCACCACAGGUGGCUGGGUAAUGACAGAUGAGGCUAAUGUUCAUCUUUACGCCAUGUUGGAUCAACUAAUCGAGGGACAUCAAUGGCUAAAGAAUAAUUUAAAUGUAACUCCAACCGUAGGCUGGUCCAUAGAUCCAUUUGGUCAUGGUAGCACAGUGCCGUACUUGCUGUCGGGUAGUAAUUUCGAGGGAGCCAUAAUACAACGUAUACAUUAUGCCUGGAAACAAUGGUUUGCUAGGCAGCAGAAGGGUGAUUUCAUGUGGACACCAUAUUGGAAAUUACAAGAAGAGGAAAGCAACAAAAGAGGUAGAUUGUUGACACAUAAUAUGCCUUUCGACAUCUAUUCGAUUAAGGGUUCUUGUGGUCCACAUCCUUUUAUAUGUUUAAAUUUUGAUUUUCGUAAAAUCCCCGGAGAAUACACCGAAUACUCUAUUAAAGCCCAAUUUAUAACAGAUGAAAAUAUCGAGGAGAAAGCUCAAUUAUUAUUGGAACAAUAUUCGCGUACAGCUUCCUUGUUUCCUCACAAUGUGGCUCUUAUACCAGUGGGUGAUGAUUUCCGGUAUAACAAAGAGCGGGAAGUUGAUCAACAAUAUACGAAUUAUAAAAAACUAAUCGAUCAUAUAAUGGCCAACAAACGUUUAUACAAUGUGGACAUUGCAUUUGGUACGCCCAAGGACUAUUUUUCUGAAAUUAAAAAGCGAACCAAAGAAUUUCCCACUUUCAAAGGAGACUUUUUCGUGUAUUCUGAUAUUUUCUCUGAAGGUAGGCCUGCCUAUUGGUCUGGUUAUUUCACAACUAGGCCUUCGUAUAAAAUUCUUAGUGCUGAUUUGGAACAAAAUCUUAGGAUAGCAGAAAUACUGUUUACCUUGGCUUAUAACACAGCACGCCAGCAACAUAACGAGAAUGCCAUUAAAAUCUUUGAAAAAAACUAUGAGAAAAUGAUACAUGCACGACGUAAUUUAGGGCUAUUUCAACAUCAUGACGCCAUAACGGGCACCUCAAAGGCAGCUGUAAUGCGAGACUAUGGCAUGCGUUUGUUCGAAAGUUUACAGGAUGUGGUGAGAAUGCAAGAAUCCACCAUUGAAUUGCUCAUACAAAAUGGUAGCCAACGGCAUAAUUUCCUUUUGAGUGAAUUGGAAAGAGACAAUUUCAGUAAAUUACCACGCAAAACACCCAUACCGCUGACGGCCUCUUUCGGACAAACCAGUGAUUUCUCCAUUGAGUUUACUUCUUCCUCGGCCGAUGGUAAAUCGGCUUCAUUUGUUGUCUUCAAUCCUUUAACCCACAAACGUAUAGAGGCUUUAACCAUACGCACUACUACACCCUACAUAAAAAUCGUCAAUGAAUUGGGUGUGGAGUUGAGAAAUGUACAAAUUAAUCCGGUAUGGAAUAUUACCGAUCCCUAUGAAAUGGGCAUGGGUAUGAUGGGUUCCAGCAGUUCGUCACGCAUUCGUAUAUCUAAGCGGCAGUAUGAGGUUAUGUUUGUGGCAGAAUUGGAUGCAUUGUCGUUGACUUCGUAUAAAGUGGUAGUGGAUGAGGUGAAUUAUAAACGUUUCAUGUCUUCAAUAUACUGUGAUGAAUGUUCGGAUAAUGUGGAGGGUACAACGGAAGCACCACUGACGAAGGAGGAAUUUGUUGUCAAAUCGAAACCACCAGGCGAUGUACAGCUCGAGAAUAAUUUCAUGCGUUUGCUAUUCGACGAAAAGAACGGCUUCAUGAAGACAAUAACACGUAAAGGACCCAAUCAACAGCUCCUCAAUCCCAUGCAGUGUGCGAUUAAAUUUGCUGCCUAUCGUAGUGCUCAGUUCCAUUCGGGCGCCUAUCUGUUCAAAACUGAUCCCGAACAAAGUGAAGCGGAAAAAGAUGUACUCGAACAGUAUGAAGAUAAACGUAUUAUUAUAACAUCUGGUCCCAUAGCCAGUGAUGUUACGGUUAUCUAUGGUCCAUUCCUGGCCCAUACUGUAAGAAUUUUCAAUACAAAGACCCAUCUAGAUGCGGCCAUUUAUAUAGAAAAUGAUAUAGAUUUUGAACCACCGCCCAAGAAUAGAGAAACCGAAUUGUUUAUGCGUUUUGUAACCGAUGUGGAUAAUAUAGCUCCGGUAAAUAAGGAUACUCUGAAGGAAGGUGAUACUAUACCGGAAUUGCCGGAAUUUUAUACAGAUCAAAAUGGUUUCCAAUAUCACAGACGUACUAAGGUUCCUUCAAUUGGCAUUGAAGGUAAUUAUUUCCCCAUUACUACGGCCGCCUUUAUGCAAGAUGACAAAGUAAGAUUUACUUUAUUGACCACACAUGCCCAAGGAGCAGCCAGCUAUGAACCCGGCCAACUAGAGGUAAUGUUAGAUAGACGUACUUUAUAUGAUGACUAUCGCGGCAUGGGUGAGGGUAUUGUAGACAGUCGUCUAACACGUCACAAAUUCUGGGUACUUAUAGAGGAUAUGCCUACCGCCACUGCAAAACACAAUACAUAUCAAGUACCCAGUUUGCUAACCAACUAUCUGGCGAAUGGUUUACGUUAUCCUCCCACCACUUAUUUUGUGGAAAACUUCGAUAAUCCACCACAAUUAAAAUCCCGAGCAUUGCUCUUGGACCAUGGCUCCUGGCCCUGUGAUGUGCAUCUGUUAAAUUUCCGCACCCUCUCCGAAGAGCAAUUACAAUUGUUCCCCUCUUCAUCGGCUCUCAUGGUAUUACAGCGCCAGGGUUACGAUUGUGCGGUACACAGUAAAAUGGUAGAUUUAUCGAAUGUAUGUCCACUUAAUAAAAAGGGUCUGGGUAAAGUAAGUUUUAAUAAAUUGCAUUUGCAUAGUUUAGAAACGACCAGUUUAACUGGCAUGUUAACAUCACAACAACGUAAACUUUUGAAAUCCUUUAAUGACAUCACUCUUAAGCCCAUGGAAAUUUUAACGUUUAAUGUUACUUUUAAAACUUAGAUUUUUAAAAGCAAACAAA